AUGUUUGGUCUCAUGACGGCAAACGGCCAAUUGCAAGCACACUACCUGGUUAACCAGUUGAGCGACCACUCGAAAUCGGACAUUGCGUGGUUCGGCUCUAUCCAGACCCUCAUCGAGUUUAGUUUCGCCAUCUUCACAGGCCGAUACUUUGACAUCCACGGGGCCAAGUUGCUGGUCAGUUCUGCGACCGUGCUGGCUUUCGUGAGCGUCAUCGGAUUGGCCUUUGCCCACGAAUACUACCAGUUUCUAUUGAGCUUUAUUCUGUUCGGUUUCGCCGCCAGUCUUAUUUACGCGCCGUCGGCCGCCGUCGCAAGCCACUGGUUCGAUAAGAGGCGCGGCCUCGCGAUCGGUUGUAUCGUCGCUGGGUCGGGGUUGGGCGGCGUGCUCUACCCUAUCAUCCUCGAGCAGUUAUUUCGCCAGAUCGGAUACCGGAACACGAUGCUCUUUGUCGGCGGUCUCAACUUUUGUCUUAUGGCCCCAGGGAUAUGGUGGAUGAAGACCAGGUUGCCUCCCCGAGCCCCGCCAAAGUGGAGCGCAAUGAAGGCGCCAUGGAAAGAUAUCAGGUAUGUCGUGCACGUGAUUGGUGCAGCACUGUUCGGGAUGAACGUCCUCUCGCCGUACUUUACUGCCAUUUAUUACAUGGACAGCAACAACGUGCCAAAGUACAUCUCCGAGUAUGCCGUUGCGAUAGCGCUUUCGGGUAGCUUGGUCGGCCGCUGUAUCCUGGGAUGGAUGGCCGACAUUGUUGGGGUGUGGAAAGUCUUUGGAGCGGUUGGACCUGUUUCCGGCAUCAUCCUCUUUGCACUCUGGCUCCCGAUCGUCGGUACCGCCCCGGCCAUUGUCGGAUUGAUCACGUACGGUAUGAUCUCCGGCUCGUGGUUCGCCCUCCUCCCCGCCGCGACCGCUACCAUCUCGCCCGUCCACGAGGCUGGUAUGCGUUUCGGCAUGCUCGUCUCCGCGCUUGCGGUGCCAUCCCUCGUCGGGCCAGUCAUCACGUCCGCCCUCAUCGAAAAGGGCAACAACACGUUCAAGUGGGCGGCCGUGUGGGUCGGCCUAUGCUCCAUGCUGGCUGGGGCAGUUGUCAACUCGGUCCCACUCAUGACGUGGUGGCGGAAGCGAAUGGCGGACAAGGAGUCGGAGACGGACACUGAGUUGGGCACAGUGCCCAGCACUGUCGAGAAGUCGCGUGACGUCACGAAAGAGAGGGCGGGCGAGCAACAGUGA